UAUGCCCACCUCAAAGCAAGCCAGCACAGCUCAAAGCCUCGUAUACAAGAGCUAGCUAGAAGCGAUCGUACUACUAAUUGACAUCACUAGCAAUAGCACUAAGCUUGAUGGAGCAGGUGACGAAGCUAGCGGGGCAGCGGGCCGUGGUGAUCUUCGGCAUGAGCUCCUGCUGCAUGUGCCACACGGUGACGAGCCUACUCCGAGAUCUCGGGGCGAACCCGACGGUGGUGGAACUGGACGAGGACCCUUGGGGGAAGGAGAUGGAGAAGGCGCUGGUCCGGCUCCUCGGCCGCAACCCUGCUGUGCCGGCGGUGUUCAUCGGUGGCAGGCUCGUCGGAUGCACCGACAAGGUCAUGUCCCUUCAUCUCGGCGGCAAGCUCGUCCCGCUGCUUCAUAACGCAGCUUGCUGGCUUGGAGGAGGAUGAACACAGAUGAAAGAGGGGAAACAUUGUAGAAUUGUGUAUGUUGCUUGCCAAGUUUAGCUUUGGAUUUUUAGUGCUUUCACACUUCGUGCAGAAUGAACUAAACAUUUACAUGUCAAGAGCAUCUUGAUGCAUAUAAAGAGUAAACGGAGGCAUGAAAUAACGAGUUGUAUGGGUUGAUUUAUACUCUCCAGUUUUAUGUAUGUUUGUGAUUGUGUGUACCAGACAUGAACAUUCAUCGUUUCAUGCGUUGUCAAGCUUUUCUAUAUGCCACGAGACGCAA